AUGCAUAGCACUGCACAGCUACAGCUCCCAUCCUUACACGAAACUACUAAUCCCAAGUUGAGGGAUUUAACCACGAAUAAACCUUCCCACUUACCAUACUUGUUAACACUCAGAGCACAACCCUUACAGGCUCAGAGAGCCAAACAAAGUGUCAUGCAAUCUAACGCUGGUGUCAACCUCCAAUUCAACUUUGUUGACACCAACGUUAGACUGAGAAAAGUGCCUAACUCAAGCAACACCCCCCCAAAGGGGCAAAAGGUCAUCAAAAGUCAAGCAACACCCUCCAACGGGGCAAAAGGUCAUCAAAAGAUCACCAAGUCCAACUCACAAAAAUUGGGGGCAAAUACUAGUCUCAGAUACAAAUUUUUCUCUACAAAAAAUAUACCUUGA